AUGCAGAUCCUCUCGUGCCAGCGGAGCAGAACCACCAUUCUGUUGACGGCGCAGGCGCCUCCAGAAAAUGAAGAAUCAAACUUCAAAACCAUCCCGCAAAAGUCGAAAGAACAGCAACCAUUCUCCAAACUCGAAAACUACGAAUGCAACAUCGACCUAGACCUAAUCCGCCCCUACAAAUCCUACGACGACACCCACGUGAAAUACUCAAGAUGGGACAUCGCCACACCGAACAACCAGCUCUGGACCUCGACCUCGCCAAUCCAGGCCCAAUGGUCCAAUACAAGAAACUUCCCCCCCUCAUCCUGCAAACCAAUCGUCAUUGAAGCGCCCGCUCCCGAAAAAGUCGACGCGUCGCACAUAUACGUUGGAUUCGCAACGACAAUUGAAAGACUACACGCCGACAUCCCGGCCUUCGCGCACUGGGCCUCGAAUAACAAUCUCCACAUGUUCGGUCUACUAGAAGAGCGGGUCGUGGAAGAAGAUCUCGGCGACGGAAAUGGGACUCAGAUCUUUGCGAUUGAUCGAUCGGAGGAAAUUGCUGCGAUGGAGAAACGCGCGGCUGAUUUGGGUAUUCGGUUAUCCCUCUCGACCUCGCAGGCCGAGUAUACGGAUCGAUACUUCGCGCUUACAAAGAUCAUGUAUGAGAAUCGGGAUCGGGACGGUGUCAAGACCGAGUGGGCUGUGGUCAUUGAUGAUGAUACUUUCUUCCCAUCGAUGGGGAAUAUCGUGCGCCGUCUGCGCGACGCUUACGAUUCGCGGAAGAAGUGGUAUGUCGGUGCGCCGACUGAGAGCUUCGAACAGUUGAAAGGGAAUAUGUGGAUGGCGUUUGGUGGGGCGGGAAUUUUCAUGUCCAUGCCUUUGAUUGAGGAGAUGAUUGGGUCGUUUGAUGAGUGUGAUUUGUGGAAGGGGCCUGGUGAUCAGAAGAUUGCGCAGUGUGUCUAUUGGCAUACGAAGACCAAGUUGACUUGGGAUAAGGGGCUUUUCCAGCUUGAUAUUAGCAAUGAUGUUUCUGGGUUCUUUGAAUCGGGUCGAUCUUUGCCGCUUUCGUUGCAUCAUUGGAAGUCCAAUUUUGAUGUUGACAUGGUGCCUCUUGCGAAGGUUGCUGCGGUUUGCGGUGAUAAUUGUCUGCUUAAGAGGUGGCAGGUUGGAGAUUCGCGACAGUGGUUCUUUACCAAUGGAUUUUCUUUGGUGAAGUAUUCUGCUCCGUUGACGGAUGAGGAGAUGAAUAGUAUGGAGUUCACGUUUGAGGAGGACUUUUGGAAGCCGAUGGAUGACUAUGCAUUUAGUCUUGCGCCGUUGCGGGAGAUGGAUUGGGGCAAGGUCUCGUUUCAAUUGCGUGAUGCUGUUCUUGAGAAUGAUGGACAGCGCGUGAGACAGAUCUAUGUUCAUGAGCCGGACUUCUUUGACGACGGUCGCACGGAGGUUCGCGAGGUUGUUUGGAAUAUCAUUGAGGAGGAGUGA